AAGAUACAUUACAUUACUGUGAUUCACGCUCCUAUUUAUGUUUGUAGAGAAACUGUAUGACAAUAUAUGGAGAUACCGGAUGAAAGAGUAAACAUCAUGGACAUUGCUGAUGAUUUUCUGUUGACGUAAAUACAAGGGACAAGUAUUCAUUUACCAGUAACAGGUGACGACGUCAUUGAUACAAGAUGAUACUACCAGUAAUUGUAGUAACCAUGGCAGCGACAGUUGCAUCCCAGACUCACAUCAAAACAUCGGCAAACGUGAGUUCGUUAGCAGCUUCGACGCUUCUGGAAGAUUACGACGUAGAUGAUGACGAUAACAGAAUCUCGGUCUCCGAUAUUGACGAGGAACAUUUGUGUACUAGAGAAAUCGUAUUCAAUUUCACACAGUUAAUAUCAUAUAGGGCUUAUACGAGAAAGAAGUGUCAGAAUUCAACUAAGAACUGUAACAAAGACGGACACGAGUGGGUGACUUCCGUUCGCUACAGAAACCUGACUAAGACGAGGUUGGAACUCAUUUGUUGUGAGGGAUACAUGAACGACAGUGGAAAAUGUGUCAAAGAUCUUUCCGAUUCAACAGUGAACAAAACGUCCGAUCUUACACAAAGUGAAAUGAUGGAGAACACGUCUCUGUUGCUGAUCGCGAUUCCUGUGGCGGGCGCUGUUUUUCUCGUCGUCUUCAUCGCUGUCAUCUGCAAAAUAAAAAGAGGAAAGAAAAGACCAAGAGAAAGGUCGUCCUUUGCACAUGAAAACCCGAUAUAUGACAGCAAUCUUGGUCAAUCCGUUGUUAUCGUGGAUAAUACGUGUAGCAAUGAUGUGCAGUCCAACCAUAAUGAAAUAACAGAUACAAACACCAAAUAAAUUUCCUUUUGGGGAUGGGGUGAGGUUGGUGGUGUAAUCAAGUUGGAGAUGAGGUGAAGUUGGCUUGGGGUCAUUUAGUACGCAAACAUGAAGCAUUAGCCUCUUAGACUCAAUGUGACACACUUAGAAAACAGGAUGAAGGUGCAUUCAUAAUUAAUAAUGUUUAAAACAUUUUCAAAACUAUACAGAAUUUUGUCCAUUUUAAAGUAUGUUCCUUCUGUAAUUAACGAUGGUUUCGCACUGGUGACAGAAAUCAUUUUACCAUGGAUAUAAAAUACAUCAUUUACUCUUAUGUAAUAUAGUUCAGAAUUCCAAAGAAACCUGCUACAGGUAAAGAGUGUCGAUAAACUACUCAGGUACUCUCUUAGUUGUCAAAAUCUACUAUGGAUUAUGAACGCAUUUUAACACCGACGGGACCGGUUGAAUUACAAUUUGUUCGCUAUCACAUCUUGCCCGGGCUGCGGUUUACGACCAUAAACAUUUUCUGUUAGAAGCCAAUUAUAGAAAUUGGAGAAAUGUCAGCAUAUACAUUCCGUUGAAUAUUCAUGAGAGUACACAUUUGAUUUUGUAAAUAGUAAAGGUGAAGACAGAGUUGGGCAGCUUAGAAAUUUUAGAUAUCGAUGUACAUGUGUAUCAGAUUUAUUAUCUAGUGAGUUUCGCCUUUGUUUACAUUGAAAGUGCUUUCCUGCAUUUCGACUCUUCAGAUUAGUUUAAACAUAUUUUAUUGACAAUGACAUUGACAAUAGGAUUAGUCAGUAAGUUUUACCAACUUAUAAAUGACUUCUCCCACAACAUACACAUAAACAUUUACAUAAAUAUGAUCACGUGGUGACAUGAAACUAUUAUAAUAGUCAUUUUUAUGUAAAAUGUAUAAGUGGACAAAAAAUAAAGAAAGAGACAGAGAGAUAAGAACAGGGUGUGGCAUAGGGAAAGAGAGAUAGAGAGAGGGAUGUAGAA